AUGAGAUGCUGUCAUGGUUUAUCACAGGGCCAUCAGUUGGGACCUGUCCAACCUUCCUCCUUCCAGAGGUGGAUUUGGUUACAUUUGGAAUCACAGACUAACACACAAAAAAUACCAGGUCUGGAAAACCUGUUCAAUCUCACUCUCAGCUACAGACGUGAUGCUGACAUUACUGUACGGAUGCACUUGACCCCCAGGAAGAAACCAGAUGAGGAGAUUGUAAUUCCCAAAAAAGACAAACUGGUGUGUUGGAUUGUGAGUAACAAUGCUGCCUCAACGGGCGUCGGCACAAGGAACCAGUUUUACCAAGAAUUAAGCAAACACACUGAAGUGCAUAUGUUCGGAAAGGCUUAUUCAAAAUUUCUGGAUUAUAACGAAUAUUAUCCUACCUUGGCGAGCUGCAAGUUUUACCUUUCCUUUGAGAACUCCAUCCACAAGGACUACAUCACGGAGAAGAUCAAUGGGCCGCUUGCUGCAGGUACCGUCCCUGUGGUUUUGGGUCCUCCGAGAAAAAACUAUGAAAACUUUGUUCCCGGCGAUGCCUUCAUUCAUGUGAAUAACUUUCCAGAUGCAAAGUCACUGGCAGAAUAUCUGCUUCAGCUGGACAAGGACAAAGAAGUGUAUGGCAGGUUCUUUACCUGGAGGAAACAUCUCACUCCAACUCCUCAUUUAAUACAACAAACCCAAGAGUUUGUUCUGGCUAUCUGCACUGCCUGUGACUAUAUAGCACGUCACAGAGAUUAUAAAGAAGCUCACGAUAUUUAUGAAUGGUAUUUCAACUAAAGAGAAGUUAUGAAAUACAAUAUUUUCUAUAAAUUAUUUUUGAUACUGGAGUUUUAGUAUUUAAGCAUUUUGAUAUACUGAUGGUAUUGAUGGAUGACAGUAAAGGGGUGGUUCAUUGCGAUUUCACUUUUUUAACUUUAGUUAGUGUGUAAUGUUGCUGCUUGAGCAUAAACAACAUCUGCAAAGUUACAGCGCUGAAAGUUCAAUGCAAACAGAGAUAUUGUCUUUUAAAGAAUUCUCUGUUUAAGGACUACAACAAACGGCUCGUAGGGACUACAACAAGCUUCUUCCUGGGUUGGUGACAUCACUAACCCUAGAAUUUACAUAAACCCUGCCCCUGAGAACACGCAACAAAGGGGGUGAGGCCAUGUUACUGCAUUACAGUGCAUAACACAAAUGCAAUAGCAUGUCAUAAAAGCAAGAUGACAAAAUGACAAGUUAUAGCCGUAAUUAAAACUAAACUAUACCCGUUCUAUCUUCAUGCAGCAUAUAUUCUCUGGCUCUGUAGGAUCUUACAACAGUUCCCACAGGAGCGAUUUAUAGAUUAUCACGACAGAAUAUGCUAAUCAAUGACUUUAAGAUAGUUAACUCCACUUCAGCUACAUAAAUUCAUCAACUAACCGUUCAGAAGCAUCCUGUUGCAUUCAAAAUGUUGUUCUUGAGUCUCUCCAUCAUCGUUUUGAACAUAAAAGGCAGAACAGUUUCUGCGUGCGUGAGGUAAUGUGAGGCACUGCUAAGUGCUAACACAAGCUCCUGAAACUCCGCUCCCAUUUGAGAGCAGCAGCUCAUUAGCAUUUAAAGGGACACACACAAAAACGGAGCAUUUUUGCUCACCCUCAAAAAGUGACAAAUUUAACAUGCUAUAAAAAAUUAUCUGUAGGGUAUUUUGAGCUAAAACUUCACAUACACACUCUGUGGACAUCAGAGACUUAUUUUACAUCUUGUAAAAGUGGCAUUAUACCACCACUUUAAGUGAGGAUCAGGGGCAAAGUGGGGGGAAAAGGGUGAAAGAGUGCAUAAGGCCCUGGCGUGUGAGGAGCCCUCAAUGAUCCUGAAAUUAUUAUUAUUAUUAAUAUUAUUUUACAAUUGUGUGCGUACACUGCAUCUGCACUAUUUCUGUUCAUUCGUUUGACAAGCUUUGGCACACGUCUGUGUCGGCGCAUCCUACGAGCACAGCACGCACGCAAUUUGCAUGAUUUGAUUGGUUAUCUAGGAACGUUGCAAAGCGCUGAUUGGCUGUGAGGGAAAACGGACUCGCCGGAGAGGAGCAAUCAUCCUUUAGUCUCGCCGCCGCCGUGCACAAUGUUCAAACAGAGAUUAGGCAAAAAGAAGAGGGGAGGAACGUAAACAGUAAGGGAAAACAAUUCCACUCAAAUUUCUUUCCAAAGAGACCAAGUGAGAACCUAUAUUGUUCAAGCGAGGCGAUGGCAAUCUAUAUGCCACUGUUAAUGUUGUUUAAAUAGACCAAUUUGGUGUUUGCAAACAGCGAUGACGAUUUUUUUGUGGACGGAGCCUACCUGGUGGCAGAAAAUGACAGUUCUGCAGUAGCAGUAUAUGGAAGCCACGGAAUAAAAGAAUAAAAAAAUUCAUUUCGAAUUUGUAUCUCACAAUUCUGACUUUUUUUUCUCGCAAAUCCGAGUUUAUAUCUCAAAAAUGUUAUAGGCUAUGUUUAAAAGUUAUCUAUGUAAAAUGUUAUAGGUUUAAAUAUUAGUUUAUGCUGUAACUGCUAUGUAUGUAUGUCCCCUAUGAACUGCAUAUGUGAAUAUUAUGUAGACUUAGGCCCAGUCCCAAUUCUAUUUUAUACCCCUUUGCCCUUCCCCUUGCCCCUUGAAACAGAGUGGCAAGGUGUAGGGGUGAAAAUAUUCCCCUAAGAAAUGGGACACCACUACUACACCAUUACACACGUCAUCAUACCUGGUUUCUUUUAUUAGUGUCCUGUAACAUUUAACCAGUAUUCAACAUUUAACCACAUCAUUCAAAUAGCGCGUUUAGCAAGCUACGGAGAAACUGGCAGCCAGGUAACACAUAAAUGAUCGAUCCUGAGUAGAAAUAUCACUACCAUUAUCACUACACGCAUUCUAGCAGCACGGUAGUCGGUGUAUGCAGGGAAAUUUCUCAUACCCCUUCGUUCGAAGUGUGGUCCCGAAAAAUCUUCGUUUGAAGGGCUAUCUGGCCCUUCCCCUUACCCCUACCACUCCAGCCAAAAGAGAAUCGAGACACCCCUACCCCUUCAGGUGAACGCGCAAAACGAAGGGGUAGGGGAAAGGGGAAGGGGUAAGGGGUAGAAAUGGGAUUGGGCCUUACUGUUUACAUCAAAUUCAUGCUUUAAUAGUAGACUAAUCAUAGCAGGUUUCAUCAGUCCAGUCUAUGAAUUGCAACAUAAACGUCUCCAUUUAGCUUCAAAGGGAGUCUUCAAUAAAGGUAUUCUAUAAAAAUGAAGACUAUAGGUGCGUCCCAAUUUGCGUACUUAUGCACUAUUCUAUGAUGUUUUUAAGUACAAAUAGUGCGAGUAGUGCGUUCACACAGAAAAUUCCAAAAAGAAAAAGUGCACUUUAAAUACCCGGAUGAUGCACUAAAUUAACAGAAAAAAACGAAGUGUGGAAUGUUGGACACUUCAUGCACUCAACUGUCGCAGCUUUAAUUACGUAGCGGAGGGAGAGGGGGUAUCUGCCUCUGUUGUUAAAUGACAAAACAACCUUAUACAAUUCACGCACUACAUGGAUGAGUAGAUACAUAAGUACAUAGUGUAUAAGUGCAUAGUGUAUAGUGCGUCAUUUGGGACGCAACUUAUAUUUUUUGCAUUCCGAUUCUGACAUCCAGAGGCACAACAAAACAUUUUUCUCUUAUUCUAUGGAUUUCGCACAUUUUCCUCCACUUGGUACCACUAUUUUUUUUGCAUGUGCAGCUGCAAGUGACGUACACAGUAAAAUUCACAGAGUUAAAUCAACUCUGCUCAGAGUACAUAUGGUCCCUCUCUAAAUAGUGUUAAAGUAACACUGAAGCAGAGUUAAAAUUGAGAUAAUUAAGCAAUUAAUAAGGCUGUGACUGAAGUCAGUUGUAGUUCUUGUGUUUCUCUUUUCUUCAGUGAGUCUGCUUGUUAACAGCAGGUGUUCAUCACUAAUGCACAAUUGUCACUUAAUUAAUAGUUUAAUUAUCUCAUUAACUUUAACUCUGCUUCAGUGUUAUUUUAACACUAUUUAGAGAGGGACCAUAUAUACUCUGAGCAGAGGUGAUUUAACUAUGGAGAUUUUGCUGUGCAGCUGUGACGUCUGCUUCAAAUGGGUCUAUAGAUGCUUGCUGGGCGGGAGUCUGCAUUUUCCUACAUAAUGAGAAACAGCUUGUUUCUAAGUUGGUGAUAAACGCUCUUAUCAUACUCUAAACACCGGAGUAACAUGAAAAGUCUGUGACAAAUCUUUAGAUAUAAACUGUUAAUAUCUUUUUUAGACAUGGUUGUGUUUCCAGUUUGUUUUAUUAUGCAAUACAUAGGCAUUCAUUUUAUAUUUCAAGCCUGUUGUUUUAAUAAACUUAAUGUAAUAAACACCUUACAAUAGUGAAAUGAUAACUUUUGAUCAGGCAUUACCGCCUGGGUCCUAAAGGAGACCCGAUUUCUCACGACACCGGCUGCCCCGCUUAGUAUCAUGAAUACAUGCCUGUUUAACACAGUAGCAUGACGGAUUCUCAUGCUGUGCCAUCCGAGGGGUCAAAGGUCAGGCACAUUCAACAGAGGUUUUCUUGCUUGCCUUACACAGUCUGAGAUUUCUCUGGAUUCCCUGAAUAUUUUCACAAUAUUAUGCAUGCUAGAUGGUGAAAGACCUAAAUUCUUUGCGAUAUUGCAUUGAGAAAUGUGAUUUUUAAAUUGUUUGACAAUUCACUCAUGAAAUUUGGCACAAAGUGGUGAGCCAUGACCCAUUUUUGCUUGCAAAGACUGAGCCUUUGUUGGAUAUUCCUUUUAUACCUAAACACGAUACCCUCACCUAUUACCAAUUCACCUGCUUAUUUCGGACUGUUUCAAAACAGUUUAACUUGGAUAUUCUAUAAUCUUUUUAUUUCAUUUUUAUUUUGCCUCUGUCCCAACAUUUUUGCAGUGUGUUGGGCCAUCAAAAUUAGCUUAUAUUUACAAAAUACAAUUUAGCUGGCCAGUGGAAACGUUGGAAGUUUUCUCUUUGUAUUGUUGUCAUUUAAAUAAAGGUUCAAGAUAAUUAACAAA